CUCAAAAGUUAAUUUGUAAUAAUCAUAAUGCAUGCUUUUGAAAUCGAAUUAGGCAGCUUAUAGAUAUGGGUUCCCACACUUGUUGCACUUUUGCAUUAUCGUUGUUUGGCUAAGUCACAUAUCCCAUCAAAUUUCUUCGGGCGGGUUGUUGGCUUUGGUUUCAGUUUUUUUUCGAUGGAGUCUCCAGUCUGUUCAAGUACGCCAAAAAUCUCUACCAAACGGGCUAUGAAUGAGCUAAACUUAGAAACACCGCACAUCUCACUGGCUGAAGGUAGUAUCCGAAUCAAGAGAAAGAAGACAGCGACAGUGCCAGAACAGUUGAAGUUAGUACUCACGGAUAUUUUCCUGUUUCAAAUCACUGAUGGUAGCAUUUGACACUUAUUUUCGUACAUAUCGUUUUGUUUACUAUUAGAGAUGAUGUGGUGAGUCAUUGAUGUGUAUGUUUGUCCACAUUUGAACAUGUGGACGGGCGACAUCCGUGUUAAUCAGUCUUGUCAACAUCAUUCAGGUGUUCUCUAAACACGAGCAAUCGACAUCUAAUGUGGACUGCCAUUCUUAGAAUUACACACCCCUAUAUGGAUCCCAUUAGUAUUUUCCGACUUCAUAGUAAUCUGUACAAAUUCCUGAAAAUUCUUCUCACUGGAGUCAAGAGGGCUAUGUUCUUGUUGGAGAUCAUUCCGUCUUACAUGGCCUGAGAUCCCGUUUCUCUGGUCUAAUUAGUUACUCCUUAUAACCUAGUGGUUCGUUCUUAUGAAACAGUCACUUUCAGUUGUUGGGUAAGACAGGAAGGACUAGUUUUAUGUGGUGGCAGACUUCAGGGGACAAUCGUUUGAACUUCUCUGUUUUGAUAUGAUGGAAGUUGUGCUUUCCCGUCCUUGGAAAGAACUUCACUUAAGGAGUUUGUGAUGACGCGAUAUAUAUAUGUAUAUAUACAUGACUGGCUAGUUGUUUGAGGGAAACCCUUUACUGCUGCUACGUUUCUAUGCGCUAGCAACACGACCCUACCGUCAGAUUCCCAGUCAGUGGUAGUUCGUCCUGACCAUAUUGAUGAAUGUGGAGCGAACUUUGUUGAGUGUCGUAGGACUGGAUUGGAAAAGAGUUGGGCGUUGUAAGUCGUGUCUUUUAGACUGUGUGGCACGGCAUCACCUGCAGAAACAUUCCGUCAAGCCAGUGUAACCCGUUGAGUGAAUGCGAUAUUCAAAUCGAACCCGCACUUCAAGUUAGCAGGCAUCCAGUGGGAUUUUAGACACAACCGACCACUGAAAGAAGUAGAAAUACUUAGUACAAAAUAACUGAGUCACGCAGACACUCACUUUCUUCAUUGAAUUACUGAGAGUGAGGAAGGAUUAAAUUCCUCUGAAGAAUGAAAGUUUUGAUUAUUGACAGUCUGUGGUAAUUGAAAGAAAGGAUAGAUGUGUGAAAAUAACCACUGAUUGAAGUGUCGAAGUUUCGAUUCACAGCAGUCAGUAUUCUACAUAUCAUAUAUACAUUCGAAGUUGGGGAUUGAUUGUCUUUUGUGUGUUGUUAGUUUCUGGUCUAUAUUUUCACAGCCAUUUUUAAAUUCCAUGAAAUCCAAAUGGUGUAUAGUGCUCCAAUGCUUUGAAAUUUCGGCAAAGGUGUUGGCUGGUUUUUGAAUACACAACCGACCAGGCGAUGCAUAAAAGUGAGCAUCUCUUUCAGGAGUCCAAUUAGUUACUUAGUAUAACUGGUUGGCAGUGGCUUUCUACUGUUUUCGUUUUUUAUCACACCAUCUUUUGAUCAGGGUCGAGGGAUUAGUUUUGAGUGAUUCGACAUCUCAAGGGACAAUUGCUUAAAGAUUAUUACGCGAUUUCUGUCUUGAUGUAAUGGAAGUGUAGUGUGGUAUAACUGGCUUGCCAGUUGUUCGUUCCGGGUGAAACCCUUUCUGGCUUACUGUAGACUAGAUGAGGUAUCACAUUACUUGUAUGUGCUGUUAAUAAGUCAGUGCAGCCACAAUGUGUGUAUAGGCUUUGUACUUUAACGGAAACUUAUUUUUGUAUAAGCUGACCAGUGUUACGAUUUAUCAGUGAAUUGUAGUAUUCGCUUCUCUGAUUUACGCAAUGAUCCUAGUGAAUGUUGUGUUUUGAUUACCCUCCCAGUCUCUCAAAUCGAUCGUUGCCUGUUGAUCUUGAUUCGAAUGUCAGUUCAUCCCGUCGUUCUGUGCUUAAGAGACUGUCUCAGCCGAAGAAAGCAGCAACAGGUACGUCUAGAGAUUAUGAUUAGUGUUGUUAGUGUUUACACUCAUUUUUACUAUCAUCUUUGGUUAUGCGAGUAAUAAUACGGAGUUUGUAUCUCAUUGUUUCUGACAUGUUCUGAAGAUAUCUUUUCAUAUGUGAUAAAAUCAUGGCAUUUAGUUGGUUGGUUUGCUGACAACGAAAUCCAGUUGAGUGGAUGCACAUUUUGUCCUGUUUAGGACCCAACAACUGUAGAUAUGUCCCUUCCCUCGAGUGCUUGGUGGUGUUGGUGAUGAUUCCAGUGAGACGAACCCAGCACUGAUCCUUUGAAAAGCCACAUCUGAAGACUUAUGUGGUAUGAUUUGGUUGGUGGUUAAACAACAAGUGACGAGUGAUAUUCGUUUCACAAGAGGUGACUCUGAUGACCUUGUGGAUAACACUUUGGUUGUUGAAACAAUAAGUACUAAGUUCGAGUCUUAGGGGAAGUAGGAGGGAGGGCAAAGGAUCACUCACUGAGGAGACAGGUACACCCAACUGACGACGAAUAGUUUCAAAUAGGUUUAAAUGCACAUGUUGGAUUCCACCGUUAGUCACCAUCACAUAAACCAUACGGACGUCGUGUUAGCCUUCAAACAGCCAUCGUCGAAGCUUCCGUCAAAGAAGCCGGUGUACGAAUAGAAAUCGAGCAUUUUGAUGACAUGUAUGCAAAUUAGUUAACGAGAAAUACCAAACAAGGUGAACAAAUCUGAUGAAGUCAACUAUUGAUUCACAGUGAAUUCAGUUUCAUGAUGUUAGGUGUAGAUGAAUGUUUUGUUUUAUUGUGAACUUCUGUCAUCUCUUACUUCAUUGAUCUUUUGAAUGAUGUACAGAUGCUGCUGCUGGUACAGUGAAAUUAAAGUGGGAGGGUAUCAUUCUAGGGAUAACAUAGUCCUCUUUCCAACGGUUAUCAUUUGAACACUACUGUUUCUUUACUUCCCUCGUCUUCUAAGAUCAUUCAGUCAGACCCACAUGAAGAACAUGAACUUGAACUCCUUCCGGAUAAAUGGCGUUGGUUUUGAUCAGUAGGUCACAAAUGCUUAAUACCUAGAUAUUUUGAUGUCAUGACAUUUGAGAAAUUUUGUUGGUUCUUGUGUAAGCUUUUCAGUGAUUUCUCUUGCGGAGGUGAGUGUCCCGAUUUCGCAAGAUGUUCUGUUAUCGAAGUAAAGACACACGUUCUGGUUUUGCUAGCCCAACUUAGUGCUGUUCACGUACACGGUCGGUUUACUUAUCUCGUUAGAAGCAAGUGGGCUAGUAAAUAGAGGUUGAUGUAAAAGCUUGCCUUUUACGAACAGAUUUUGCAAUAAAAAACUGGUGUUCUUAGUCUCCCUGUAGAAUUUGUUAUACCAGGAAGUUUUGGAUACCGGUUCUGAAGAAUUUCUGUCUUCGCAUGACUUUUGAAUUGGUGAUUUAGCAGUGAAAUGUUUUAGGAGGUUAUCUGGAUCUGUUGCUGUGCAUCAUUUGGUUUCAGGUCCUUGUUAAUGAAUCUGUACUAGAAGUCACUUCCAGUCAGCACUAUUCGGCAAUUUAACAGUUGCACACCAACAGGUCUCAGUGAGUGUAUUUUUCGGAAUCUAGAGGAAGAUGAAUGGAUAAUAUUUCUUUGCCUGCUUAGAGAUGGAGAGCUUUGGAAGUUGAUAAACUGUCUGUCCCAUGCGGCCUUCAUGUAUCUGGAUUUCGUCAGGAAUUAAACAAUGGCGAAAAGCAACAUUAUUCUUCAUCUCUUAAGAGUGAUGUUGGUGUUUAGGUGGGUGGGGAUUGAUUGUUAUAGGUGUUUAGAGCAGAUAUCAGAGUUUCUAGUUGACAUCAGAAAGAAUGAAAGUAUCGUGAGUGUGUUCUGUUGUAGAGAUGGAGCUCAUUGAUUAUUGUGCAUAAUGUGGUCUUUUCUAUGUUUCCCAUGAGACACUCGGCCAAGAGCGAGUGUGUGAGAGAGAGAGGUCAUAGAGUAGAAUGCACUGCUACAUUGGAGUUAAACCAAAGCAUGAGUAUCGGUAUACAAACAUUGAUAUUGAUAUUAUGGGGUGGUUAAUGGGGAAUCACAGGGAAAACAAUGAUGGCUUUUAUUAGUGAGGAGACAAACGACAUUUAAGGAGAGAAUAUUCUUUUACCUAGCAGAAUAAAUGGAUAAAGUCGACUGUGUCGUGGAGAUUGUCUCGAUAGCUUGAUCUUCCUAACUGGUCAGAAAAUUCCCAACAUCCAGGUUGUGACUGAGUAAUUUACUUUCUGUUAGCAUGUGUGAUAUGCUUCCACGUAGACCAUAGAUUGUUGAUGAAUUCUAACAGUUCCCGGAAAUGUUGUUAGUCGAUUAGAGGUAAUCAAUUGCUGAGAAGCAGCAGCCUUGGACAAAAUUGUAUUCCUGUGGUGAUUCAAAGCUUUGGUGCUGCAGUCAGUGACAUCACCUACCACUGGGCUGUUUUGGGACCAUGAGGUGGUAGUGUUAGCUACCUUAGCUAACUGAAGUGUAAAUAUCUCUGUAGAUGUUCCCACUGCUACCUAGAGGUUUCCCAGUUGAUGAAGAUUACUCUUCUCUCUGAUUGCUGUUAACGUGUUUUGUGGUGACAAAAUUCUGGAUAGAAAGUGUUCCGAAUUAUAAUUCGUCAAUUUAGUCAGUAUUACAUUUGCUUUCUCUUCUCACUAAUGAAGGGCGUCAAGGCACGGAUUGGAUGUAUGUUAACUAUAAGGAUACUCCACAACCGAGUGAUCGUCCUAUUCCACGAAGACAAGAUGAUGGAGGUGAGCCAUCAGCACAUGCAUUACCACCAGGACCGCCAUCGGAAACACGUGAUUCAGGCCGACAACUAAAACAGCAGUUAGUGCGAACAGAACAGAAACGGGCCAGUCGAGGGGUGGAUACUGCACGAGAACAUAAUACUGAUAAUGAUAAUGAUAACGAUAAAACGGAACGGCCAACGAAACGUGCUGCACCGGGUACGAGAGCUUUGCGAGAGAUAGCAGCAUACCAGCGGAGUACAAAUCUCCUUAUAAGGAAGCUGCCAUUCUCUCUAUAUAUCCGUCAUAUUAUGGCAACGUCACUUGGUCCGAGAUACUUAACGUUUCGUUGGCAAGCGAUAUGCUUUCUGGCCUUACAAGAAGCCGCUGAAGCAUUCCUCGUGAGCUUAUUUGAGUCGGCUCAGCGAUGUGCAGUUCACGCUAAACGUGUUACAGUGAUGCCUAAAGAUAUCAGGCUAGUGGCAGAUUUACAAAACAUUCCAAUUGACCGAAGUUAUCAACAAUUGCAACAAUUGAGAACGAUGACGACUAAUCGGCCUAUGUUAACGGCAGCACCCUGUCCAUCGAAUAGGAAGCAUCGGAACAAUAACAAUGAUGAUGAUGAUAAUGAUAAUAAUGUCAGAUGAUGACUGUUUUCUAGUUGAUUUUUGUAAUUUCAUCAUCACUGUUGUUGUUGUUGCUGCUGCUGCUGCUGGUGGUAGUGGUGAUUCUGUUUUAUCUCCGAUCCCCACUUUGUUUCACUUCUCUUCUUGUUCCAGUGCACAUAAUCCUCGCCCACAUUCACUCUUUGUGAUAUAUAAUAUCCAGUCAACUUCGAUUGUCCUUCCAUUUUUACUACUGUUCUUUUUGCUCUACAUUUCUGUUUGUUACUUCUCUGUUUCUCUCUUCUUGUGUGGAUGUGGAGAGUGGAACUGCUGCACAUCUGUGCAAAGUUCUAGGUUG